AGAAGGUGCCCUCACUAAAUCAUAAUGUGGACACUGUUGGUUGUUUGUGGGAUUGCCAUCCUACGCGGAGUGAAAGGUGACGGUGAUGUCAACGAUAUCAUGUUCUACACAACUCCAGAUCAACCCUCGUGUCGCUUCAACUGCGACAGAAACAUGGGAAGUUGUUCCUGCUCUAGUUCAUGCGAGUAUUAUGGCCGCUGUUGCCAUGACUACUACCAGUACUGCUACGCCACAACAACAGUUCUUCCGACAUCUCAACUCUCGUGUCGCUCCAACUGUGGCAGACAUUUGGGUAGCUGCUCCUGCUCUAGCUCAUGCCGUUAUUAUUACAACUGUUGCCAUGACUACAACGAAUACUGCGACUCCACAACUUACAUGCCAGCCACAGCUCUACCCUCGUGUCGCUUCAACUGCGGCAGAGACAUGGGAAUCUGUUCCUGCUCCAGUUCAUGCGAGUAUCAAGUUGGCUGUUGCCAUGGCUACUACGAGUACUGCUACUCCACAACUUACAUGCCAACCACAGCUCAACCCUCGUGUCGCUACAACUGCGGCAGACACAUGGGAAGCUGUUCCUGCUCCAGCUCAUGCCAGUUUUAUGGCAAUUGUUGUGAUGACUACUAUGAGUACUGCUAUUCCACAACUCACAUGCCAACCACAGCUCAACCCUCUUGUCGCUUCAACUGCGGCAGAUACAUGGGAAGCUGUUCCUGCUCCAGUUCGUGCCGGUUUUACGGCAGUUGUUGUGAUGACUAUUACGAGUACUGCUAUUCCACAACUGACAUGCCAUCCACAGUUGGGCCAUGCGGGGAUUCCAUGUUUGGCUCUGGUGCCUUCUCCAGUCCCAGGCACCCCAAUUACUACUACAACAAUGCCUACUGUGUUUGGCACCUCAGAGUUCCACAUAACCAAAGAGUCUUCCUGGAAUUCUCAUACCUGGAAUUGCAAAGCUGCUGCAGUUGUGACUACAUUUCAAUUCACGAUGGCCCAUUUGCGAAUUCACGAUUACUGGGAAAAGUGUGCAAUGACAACAACAACAACAGUUUCAACUUUUUCUACUCCACCUCCUACGAAAUGACUGUGGUCUUCCGGAGCGACAGAUCGGUGGUCGGCAGAGGAUUUCGUGCAGAGUUCACAAGCGCUCUGCCGCAAGAUUCAGGUAAAGUCAACUGCUCCUCAGAUGUAAUGAACAUUGUGAUUGGACGGAAGUAUCUGAACUCGCUGGGCUACGACGGUCACAAUAUCUACCUCAAUGACCAGAACUGCAGACCCCAAAUUUUCAUGAAGGAGGUGGUUUUCAAUUUUCGUGUCUACAGUUGUGGAACCAGUCGCAAGUUUGAAAAUGGCAGAGUGGUCUACACCAACGCAGUGCGUGGCUUCACCACCAGUUACGGCGACGUCACUCGCAAGGCCAAUUUAAAAAUCAACGUGGUAUGCCAGAUGGAUCAAUACUCAGAGUCACAGAUCAUGUACCUGGCACAGAAUCAUGACAACACAAGCAUCACAGGCACAGGAAUGUUCAACACCUCAAUGGACUUCUACACCAGCAGCAGCUUCUUCUACAAGGUGGACGAAUUCCCUUACAAAGUUUCUCUCAACCAGGACAUUUAUGUCCAGGUUGAUCUAAGCAGUAGCAUUAGCUUCUACAUGGAUAUCUUUCUUGACACCUGUUUGGCCUCACCAUCCCCCAACAACUUCCAUACAACAACCUAUUACCUGGUCCGCAAUGGUUGUCCUAUAGAUAACACCUACCAGUCAUAUGUCAGUGGCACCACCAGAUACGCAAGGUUCUCCUUCAAGGCUUUCCAGUUCCUGCGGCACGCCGAGCAGGUUUACAUCCAGUGCAAGGUCAUUGUGUGUAAAGACAACGACUGGAACUCACGGUGCCGCCGCGGUUGCAUCAGGCGCAAGGCCAGAGACGUGGGUGCGAAACACAAGACCCAGACUCUAGUCCUGGGUCCCAUCCAACUUAUUGAUCCAGACAAAAAGGAGAAGGGAUCAGUAAAAGAGGAUGCUGCCUAGUGUCAUCUUUGCUGCUUAUUCACAUCAUUAAUCAAUGCCACCAUUCCCGGUCAACAUGGAUGCUUAUUUCUGUUUCCGGCAAUGGCAGUGAAUAAGUGCGAAACAUACUCACCUUUGAUUAAA